UAAACCUGAAAGUACGAUACAUUCAAAGAAAUGCCCCGGAACUGCUUGGAGAGUUUCCUGGAAAACUUCAGUAGUAAACAUAGAUUCUUUUCGCAUUUUAAACUACAUCAUCAUGUAAAACAGAAUAGAUUUUGAAAUUAAUUUGAGAAGUCGGAGAAUUCUUAUUUUUAAGGCUACACUUUGGGCUCAUUCAUAUAAAAAAAAUGUUCAAACUUGGAUUGCUGGAGAUCCAGAGUGGUUUCCAGAGAUUCUCUGCAAACCUUACUUUCGAAAAAAUUUUAAAAUUGUCUUCGUGGAGAAAAGAUACGGCCGACCCAAAAAAUACCGCAGGUAUCGUUUCUUUUUUAAAAUGGAUAGUAGUUCAAUUUCGACAGAGGACCUCUAUUUUGUUGUGUUUUGCGUUGCGUUUAGGUGCUCAAAUAGUUCAUAAUGAUGAGGAAAUUUCACAUAUCACAUCCACGUCAGCAGAUUCAAUUGAUCGUCCGAUGAUGGUCAUUGAUACAUCAGCGUAUCACGAAGAUAUAUUAAAUGCAAACAACCCAUUUAACAUUUCUGUUCUAAAUAAUGAUAAAAUAAAUUUUUCGUCAGGGCCUGAACCUAUACCACAAGUUAAUGAAGAAACAAAUACUGUCUUUACACAAGCAACUACUACACAAACGAAUGCUUAUGAAUUCGACAAAAAUAAUGAUGCUGAAAUUAUUGAUAAUGUGGCUUCACAAUCACAAGCUGAAAUAAGUGAAAAAAAACAAAGUGCAAUUAAACACACGGCCAAAUCAAUAUUUUUGUAUGCUAAAUCAUGUGUUUUUGCAAAAUCGGACUUUCAAGCCGCAUGCAACUCUGCCAAUCGUGAUUUAGCUGUGCAAUA